GUCGCUUAUUACCCAUUCAAUGUUGCAACACCAAAAACUGUGUGUUAAAAAAGGCACAUGCGCGGACCUCCCCAUCUUUGGGGCCACAUCUGCCAGGACUUUUUGAGCAAGUUGCCUCACAGCGUGUCAUGUCGUUCAAAGGUUGUAUCGUGUAGUCCGCUGUUUGUGAUGUGCCCGCCCCUUCUAUGUCAAACUCUAGAUAAAAAGCCCAAUGUCCGUUUGGAAAGUGUAUAAAUUGUAGGCGUGACAGCAGGCACCGGAUUCUCUGUAUCCGCGGAUAUAUUUUUUUUUUCCCUUCCCUCUCAACUUGUGCAACAGCAUUUUCGGAGGCCUGCCUUUCAAAAAUGAACUUCUUCCUAGAAACAUUACAGGUGAUGGUCCUGUCCAUAUAUUAUCUACUGGAGGCAUUUGUAAAACUGUUUAUUCCUACAAGAAGAAAGAAUGUGGCAGGAGAAAUUGUCCUCAUUUCUGGUGCCGGAAGUGGCAUUGGCAGACUCAUGUCCUUGGAGUUUGCAAAACUGGGUGCCACACUUGUACUCUGGGACAUUAAUCAAGACGGCAAUAAGGAGACUGCUCGAUUAGUGAAGGAAAAUGGAGGUUUGAGAGUCUAUACAUAUCAGUGUGAUUGUAGCAACAAAACAGAAAUUUACAGGGUUGCUGAUCAGGUCAAACGAGAAGUUGGAGAUGUUACAAUUCUUAUAAAUAAUGCAGGCAUUGUAACUGGCAAAAAAUUUAUGGAUUCUCCAGAUGACCUUGUCCAAAAAACUCUUGAAGUAAAUACCUUGGCUCACUUUUGGACAUACAAGGCAUUUCUUCCAGCAAUGAUGGCAAGUAACCAUGGGCACCUGGUGAGCAUUGCUAGUUCAGCGGGAUUGAUUGGUGUAAAUGGCCUAGCAGAUUAUUGUGCAAGCAAGUUUGCAGCUGUUGGCUUUGCCGAGUCCAUAGGCUUGGAAAUGCUUGCUUCUGGGAAGGAUGGCAUUAAAACUACAAUUGUUUGUCCUUAUUUCAUAACUACUGGAAUGUUUGAUGGCUGCCAAUCAAAAUGGCCACGGUUACUUCCAAUUUUAGAUUCCAGCUAUGCUGCUAAAAAGAUAGUAGAUGCUAUUCUGAAGGAACAAGUUUAUCUUGUGAUGCCACGGAGUCUGUAUUUUGUAUUUGGUUUGAAAAAUAUAGUGCCUGUGAAGCUGGGACUGCUUCUUGGAGUUUACUUUGGUGCCUUUAACUUUAUGGACCAUUUUAAAGGCCGAAGCAAGAACGAUUAAUUUUUAUGAGAUGUUCUGCACAAAGGGACAAUGUAAUUUAAAGACAAGAAAUUAAAAUCCAUCUGUACUGUACAGGAAGGUUAAAUGAAGGUGUACUAACAUCAUCAGUUUCAUGGUAGAUGCGUUUUACAAAUGAAGUUAUUAAAUCUUGAAAUCCUUCUAACAGUUCUUAUUUUCUAAUGUUGAUUGUAUAAAGAUUGCAUAUUCUUGUGGACAUUUUACAGAAGAAAUGAAAUGUAAUAAAUUUGACCUGCAAUCACUAGUACAAUAGGGUGUUAAAUACAAGAGGAAUCUAACCAAGUAUGUAAUAAAGUACAUAUUUCUUAAUUAUGUAAGUCCCACAACUUCCAAUAUAAUGCCUUUAUAAGCCUAAAUAAUAAACUGUCUUUUUAACUGUAA